CCGGUUUCUGUAAUUACUUAAACUUCCAGUCCCAAAAUGCUCCGUGCCAGAGAGCAAACAGAGCGGGGAGCUGUAACGUGAGGAGAGAUUUAUAGAAACGCCCUAUAAAGCUUUCUCGGCUGCUCUCUUUUCCUGCCAGCGCGCCGAGGCAUGUAAACACCUGAAUGGUGUUGACGAUGCAAACAUGGCGGCCGGAGGAGAUAAGCCCUUUCAGUCCUUUCAUCGUGUUGGGAGUCUCAUGAGGAGUAAAUCAGAGGGUACUCUUAUUGAUCUGAGUGAGAGCGUCUCAACCAGUGGCAACCUAAAUGGUGGGCAUGUAUCAGGGAGCCAGUUUUUACAGUCAGAGGCAUCACAGUCAUCUCAAUUGCAAAACCCCUUUUGGAACAAGCUGUCGGGAUCAAACCCCUUCCUAGAUGACAUCGUACACACCCACACAGACAAACGCGUUGCCAGCACACCUGCUGUAAAACAAGACAACAAAACACUUUUGGAUGAGAGUAAUGAAGACGCCAUCAGUACGUCGUCCGAUGAAGGAAAUUUGGGCAACUUUUUGGAGAACAAACUCAGAGCUGUCAAUCGAUCUGGGAGAUGGAGGAGCGCCUCGGACAUCCUGGGCGAUCUGGAGAGAAGGGUGCCCAAACGCAACGAGAGUUUCAGACCGCCUGGAGGAGUGCUGAACCCAGAUUUUGAGUGGCUAAAGAAUGACAGAGAGGCCUAUAAGAUGGCCUGGCUGAGCCACAGGCAACUCACCCGCUCCUGCCUGGACUUGAAUGUGAUGAGCCAGAGCCCUGGAUGGGCUCAGACCCAGGCCUCGAACUUUCAGGUAAUCUGCAAGGUCGGCCACGGUGGUGGCUCGGUGCAGUUACCAGAAUCCAAAAUUACCGUCCACGUUCCACAAGGGCACAUUCCUCCCGGAGAGGUGCAGGAAGUUACACUGAAGGCAAUGCUGGACCCUCCACCAGGACUCAACAACAACUACGUGACCACCAUGAGCCCACUUCUGGAGGUUCUCCUAAGCAACAGCAACACUAAGGAGAGCUUGUCCGUAGAUAUGAAACUGUCAGGAGAAGUGAAAAAGGACCGUUCAAGUCAGGAGAUGACCACUGUCUUUGGACUAGUGUCCAACAAAAGAGAAGGGCCGUACCUCAAAACGCACAACUGUUACAUCUAUAAGAACACCAUGCAGAUGAAGCUUCAGGACUUGAAGACGCAUUUUUUCGUGAUCGCGGUUGCAGAAGCUGCUGCCGCUGCCACCUCAGUCUGGGAUUGCCUCGACCGCCAACUAACUGUAGCAGUCUAUGGCCCAAGGUACAUCCAUCCAAAAUUCAAAGUAGUCGUAGUCGUCUGCUGCCACGAGGACGUUCCGCCAAAACUUCCAUUUGCGGAUAUUUGCAGAGGCAACAAAAACCUUCCUCCACUGGUGCUGCAGCUUUGGGGGAAGCAUUGCUUCAAACCCGACAGGCUGAAUGACUUUCAUGUCAGCUUUGGCAUCCAAGGCUCGAUGUUUACAAUCAAACCUGAGGACAAAAUCAAACAAGUGAGACAAAGCCGGCUCAAGAUAGGGACUGUUUUGCAUCUGCCAGUUGCAUUAGCUUGUUCUGGUAGUACAGACAUGGCACCUUUUAACUUAGAUGUACACGUAAAGGACUCAAACUUGAGUUUGACUGCUGCACAUUUCCAGGUGCCCUCCCCCCCUGCAGCGCCCAUCAGAUCCAAGAAUAGGGUGCAAAGACAGAUAGAGAGGAAGAUCGAAACGAUUCCAACCGUGCCCAUUCCGGAAGAAAUUCCUUCCGAUUUACCCAAAUUCAAGGACAGACCGGUGCAGCUGCAGUGGUAUGGAGUUGCCGUGAAGUCGGUUCUCCGUCAGCCACGUGUAGAAUACUUACUGGAGUACUUCAAGGGCGACACGGUGGCCCUCCUUUCCAGAGAGACUGUCAAAUCAGUCGGAAACUCAAAGGUAAAAGAGUGGUAUAUUGGAUUCCUCAGAGGCAGGACAGGCCUGGUCCACUGCAAAAACAUCAAACUCAUAACCAGCGACCAGGUGAUAGACUUCACCGGUGUUCAACUCUCCACAGAGGUCCUGUUGGACAACAUGACACUUCCCUUCAAAAAACUUACCUACAUGUAUUCAGCCAUCCAGACACUGGUGACGGAACAUGUUACCAGUUGGAGACGUUUUGCAGAUGUUUUAGGAUAUGGGAACCAGACUCCGGACACGAUCAAAUGGAGGUAUGCUGAAACUGAAGCUGAUAAGGUGGCCUGCAUUCUGGAGAAGCUGAAGGAGGACUGCCACACGGACAGGUUUAAGAGAAAGUUCCUGCAUGAAUUAAUUGUGGGUCUGCUGAAGAUGGACUCUGUGGCUCUUGUGGCGCAGCUCAUACAGAACACAGUCAUUUUGUCAACUGCUGUGGAGCUUGGAAUCCGAUGGCGGGAGCUUGCUGAGAAGACGGGGAAACUAUCCAGUGCUCAGAUUGAGGGGUAUGAGGCACCACACCGAGGGAAAAAUGGUGAAGUCAGCACCCAAGCCAUGUGGAAGCCUGCCUAUGACUUCUUGUACUCCUGGAGCCUGCAUUAUGGAGAUAGCUACAGGGACAUGAUCCAGGAUCUACACCUGAUCCUAGAUAAAAUGAAAAACCCUGCCACCAGGCAGUGGAGACACCUGACAGGUGCUCUCAUUACGGUGCACUGCCUCGAUAACUUUCGACACUCUGCCUUUCCAAAACCUUAAACCUUAUGCACUUCAUAAAUGACAUAACUGCCAGCACCUGGGAAUGUAAAAAAGCUAAUUUAGUUUUAGUGAGGAGGAAUUUACAUGUUACUUACUGACAUUUUUGUUUGUCCAGCACAUGUUCUCGUGUUAAAAAUCUGUUUUUUAAAAACACUGAAACAUUAAUGAUUAUAUCUGUGAAAUGACAUGUGUCAGUAGAUACUUUAUGUUUUGGUAGAUUUUUGUAUUUCAUGUAUUUAAAAAGGUCAGCAGUACCCAGCUGCUAUCCUGGAUACCGGCAAAAACCAUCCAGUGAAUAAACUUAUAUCUCAAUCUUUCAUUCACCUUAAAUGAUGAACUAUGCCAUACUAUACUAUACUAUACUAUACUAUACUAUACUAUACUAUAUAAGUCUCAGGUUUGUCAUUUGUUUUUAAAUCUGAGUCAAAAUGAUCUUUAUGGCUUCUGUGAAUGUGGUAUUGUUUAAAAAAUGAAUUAUCCUGUAACAUUCUGUAAGGUGAAUGAAAAGCUUGGAAUCAGAUAAAUGUGAACAGUGCUGCAGAAAUCCCAAGGGUCGUAUAUUCUUAAUCGUGUGUCAAAGUUUGUAUGCUGAAAAGAAACAUGUUCUACCAAAGUCAGUUGAAUGAAAGCGGUACGUAAAAGGGGCUGUAAACCAUGUGUCAUAAACCUUUGUUUGUUUUAAUACUAAUGCUAUUUUUAUAUGAUGACGUUUUAGAUAUUCAAAAUGCAAAUGAUUUAUUAAAGUGCACAAUGCAAUGUUGUGUUAUUAUUUAUCAAAACCUUACAUUACAUACAGUUGAAUCAC